AUUUAUUUUUUAUAAUGAAAAAUGGAAUGCGUCUUCAGUAUUCACUUGCACUGACAAGUGAAAACAAGCCCUACUUAGCCCUUUCCGCCACUCCUCUUCUGCAUUUCCGCUGUUCCUCCGCCUUAGUCACCACCGUCGACAGCCUUCAACACUUUCAGGUGGAAGUAGAAUUGGCUACUGAUGGCAUAUUAUCAACGUGGGAGAAAUAUACUACGCCGGGUUGUACAAGAUGCUAACAGCAAGAGAUUGGACAGCUAUCUUCAUCCGUUGUUUUUCACCGGGCAAGGAAUCCGAUUUAGAAAAUUGGAAGUUAUUCUUACAACGAACGUGGAUAAGCUUGGUAAAGCUGGUGAAACGGUUAAGGUUGCUCCUGGUUACUUCCGCAAUUACCUUAUGCCUAAGCUACUUGCUGUUCCUAACAUUGAUAAGUUUGCCUAUCUCGUUAAGGAGCAGAGGAAGAUCUACCAACCUAUAGAGGAGGAGGAAGUUAAGGUAGUGAAAGAAAGUAAGGAAGAUUUGAUGAAAGAGUACAUCGCUGCAGCAAAACGGCUGGAUAAUGGAACAGUGGUUUUAAGAAGAUACUUUAAGGUUGACAAUGAACUGCGUGAACCUGUGACAAAAGAUGAGAUAAUUGCAGAGGUGGCUAGACAACUUUCUGUACAAGUUGAACCUGAAAACCUCCAUAUGCCAAAUCCUCUGUCGUCUUUGGGGGAGCAUGAGAUACCACUUCGCUUGCCAAAGACCAUCCCAAUGCCUCAAGGAAAGGUUAUGUGGACUCUCAAAGUUAAAGUUAGAAGAAAGUGAUCUGACCUGAUCUGAUCUGAUUUUCCUGUCUUAGCUUAGAUCCAAUUCAGACAAUUAUACAUGUUUGAAGAUAGUAUGGUAAUUUCUUUAGGUAACCUCUGCCAUCUAAGAAUUAGUAGUUUGAUUAGAUAUUUCUUCCAUUUGAACCUACUUCUUUUUUAGUAUAUGGCCUUAGAGUUGUAUUCAACAAAUCACAAAUCACCAAUAAUUGUUCUGUCA